AUGGCAACCUGGUCAGACCCUUUGGUCACCACCAUUGGCAAAAACGAUCUUCUGUCCAAAGUCAUUGUGUACGACUCCUGCACAACGGUGUCGAAGUUCAGCAUUCUUGGAUACAUGUCCAGUGGUGAGAUGGUACCAGAGGUGAUGAUCACCGAGGAAAAGCGCUCAAAAACGGGUUUCAUGGCAAGCGAUGCGUCAAGACAGGCGAACCGCAAAAUUGGGUUUGGAACAGUGGCAUUUUCCGUCUCGUACGGUUCCAGAAUAAGAACAAAUCCCGUUUCAUAUGUGGAAACUAAGGUUCCAAACGUGGCUAUAUCCUUCAGAGCCAUAAACUCCUCGAUCUCAACGACUUCCAACGUCCUCACCAGCAGCGAUAGCCGCUCAGAACAGAAUCGUAACGGCUUUCUAUCGAUAAAUGUCAACUGCUUCAAAUGCUGUAGAAACGAAACAGGCGUUUCGCUAAUGACAUGCAGAACCUUCAUUCUCGUCUUAAGGUACUCGAUAAAUCUCUUGAGGAAUGAAACGAAAUGUUCUGCGCGACGAAUACUUCCAGGAACGGCCUCGCUCAAAACGUCCUCUGAAAGCACCGGGUUGACCAUGAAUGCCUCUUCGUUUGUGUUGGAGAUCUCUGUUUCUCGAAGUCCUUCAACAAGCUUCUCGUAUUCGUCCUGGAGUCGCUUGCUAUCAGUUUUCUUGACUUCUUCGACUUUUUUCGCCAGAGCAUUGGCACCCCUACUGGCUCUUUUCAGAACAUCUUCUGUCAGAUCCAGCGAAAGAGAUUCAAUGCAAACGUUAUCAAUAUUGUGCGCCUCAUCAAAAAUGAUGAUACUGUCUCUAGAAAGCUCUUUGGAAACUCUCUCGGCAAUCUUGGGGUCCAACAAAUAG